AUGUCAAACUUUUAUGACGAAUUAUGUCGAUUUUAUCAUGUAAUUUUUGAAGAUUGGAAUGCAUCUAUUGAACGACAAGGUUCUCAAUUGAAAAAUCUUAUCGAAUCAAAUUGGUCUCAAUAUAAAAGAAUAUUAGAUGUUUCCUGUGGAAUAGGUACACAAGCUAUUGGUUUAUCUCAAAAUGGUUAUCAAGUUACAGCUUCUGAUCUUUCUGUAAAUGCAAUUGAACGAGCAAAAUAUGAAGCUCAACAACGUGGACAAACAAAUAUUUCAUUUUCUGUUUGUGAUAUGAAAACAGCUUUUGCACAUCAUGGUGGAAAUUUUGAUAUUGUUAUUUCAUGUGAUAAUUCAAUUCCUCAUCUUCUUACUGAUCAAGAUAUUUUAUCUGCACUUAAACAAAUGUAUUCUUGUUUACGACCAGGUGGUGGUUGUUUAAUUACAAUUCGUGAUUAUGAUAAAGAACAACGUACUAGUCAAAAUAUUGUUAAACCUUAUGGAAAAGCAAAAAUUGAAAAUGAUAAAAGAUAUAUUGCUUUACAAGUAUGGGAUUUCGAUCAAACAAAUUUUCAAUAUUAUGAUUUUACUCUAUAUAUUAUUGAAGAAGAUCUUAAAUCAAAAAAUAUUCUUACACAUGCAAUGCGUUCACGUUAUUAUGCAAUUAGUUCCGAUAAAUUAAUAAAAUUAAUCAAUGAUGCUGGAUUUGAAAAUGUUAAGCGACUUGAUCAAUGUUUUUAUCAGCCAGUAUUUAUUGGUACUCGACCAUUUACUUAA